GACAACUACAAACGUCAUGCGAAGUUGGCCGUAUUUCGGCCUUUUCUUUGUGUCGCUCUUUCUUCUGCGGUCUUUCGAUCCAAGAUGACGAAAGGUACAUCCAGCUUUGGUAAACGCCAUAAUAAGACGCACACUUUGUGCCGUCGUUGCGGUCGCUCCUCCUACCACAUCCAAAAGUCAACUUGCGCUCAAUGCGGUUAUCCCGCUGCUAAGUUGCGUUCCUACAACUGGUCCAUCAAGGCCAAGAGGAGGAAGACCACUGGUACCGGCCGCAUGCGUCACUUGAAGGUUGUCCGUAGACGUUUCCGCAACGGCUUCCGUGAAGGUACCCAAGCCAAGCCCAAGAAGACCACCCAAGCUAAAUAGAUAGAUACCAUGUAUCUAGAUAGCAGAUUGGUCCAAGUUGUGGA